AUGCAGCUUAUAUAUAUAGAGAGAGAGGUCUUCCUAUAUAUCAAAAACCAGCCAGAUAUGUCCAGACAGCGAGAGUUCACGGCUCAAUUGACCAAAAAGGAGCGACGAAUUGAACCAGGAGAAACGAGCGGCGGAAGAUCAAAAUGCACAAGCAAGUCCCGUCCUUGCUUCCUUGCUCUUCGCGCAGAGUAUCAGCUCCAUCAAGCUGUCGCCGUCUUCAAUCUUCAUCUUCGUCUUCUCUACGUCUUCAGCUUCGGCUUCUUUUUUUUUCACCUGCAGGAGAAAAUCUCGAGCUUCUGA